AUGGACGGCGGUCUUGAGGUCGAUGGACGCAACAACCUGCCCAUUCCAUGCCAGAAGCAUGGCGAGGAUUAUAAAUACUACAAUGGAGGAGAGCAGCAUGAUCAGCCAUCGUACGAACCAUACUCGACGGAACCACUCGCGAAGAGCAAACGCUUAUGCGGGCUACGGCCCCCGACAUUCUUCCUCAGCAUCGCAUUGGCCGUAUCCGUUGUGCUCGCAGUCGUUGCAGCCGGUGUAGCGGGUUCAUUGGCUGCAAAGAGAGGGGACACCAGGACUGUCGCCCAAUCCAAUUCAUCCUCCUCCAUACCAGCCUCCAAUGCCUCCUGCCCCUCUUUCAACGACACCUCUACCCUCCCCACCUACUCCUACCACAUCAAUGACUCCCCAUUCCAACCGACCUCCAAUUGCACUUCCCUUGGCUCCACCUACACCUCCCUCUUCACCAGCGCCAGCUUCAAGCUCCAAUGCGGCCUCGACCUACCUAGCAACGAUCUCUACAGUGUCUUCGUCUACUACUUCACCGACUGCUUGGAAGCAUGCGCAGCCGUCGCCAGGUAUCCUGGGCUGAAUCAGACUUGCUAUGGCGUUGCCUUCGAUACCAAUUAUGACGUGACACCGGAAGGCCAGUAUGGGAAUUGUUUUUUGAAGGAUUCGCCAGAUACCACCGCGAAAGCGGCCAAUGUGAAUUUCACGUCUAGUGCAGUGCUGGUGGGCAGUUAA